GAGAGAAAGAGAGGAGCUCCCGGCGAUUCUACAGAGAGAGAUUUCUAACCGACAGACGAAAGCAAUCGACUUCAGUCACCGGCUGUCUAAUUGGAUGCCACGUAUCGGAUUCCGGUGAAGAAAGCAUGGCCAUCGUCGACAGCUUCCAACACCACCGGCACAAGUCGGCCUCGGACGCGAAGCUCUUCACCCUCUGCCCGUUCUGGCAGUCGGGAGGCCAAACAUCGUCCUCUUCUUCCUCUUCCACGCAGAAACUCCACGGCUACGGAUUCAAAUCCAACCCCAAAACGGUGUCCUCCGUCGCGAGAUCGCUUCUUCCUCCUCGCCGUCGACUCCGGCUUGACCCCGCCAACAAACUCUACUUCCCUUAUGAACCUGGGAAGCAGGUGAAAAGUGCGAUCCGAUUGAAGAACAAUAGCAGGUCACAUGUAGCUUUUAAGUUUCAAACUACUGCCCCGAAAAGCUGUUAUAUGUGUCCUCCCGGAGGUAUACUUGCUCCGGGAGAAAGCCUAAUUGCGACCGUGUUUAGGUUUGUGGAGCGACCCGAGAAAAAUGAGAAACAAUUGGAUCGGAAGACCAAGGUUAAGUUCAAGAUUAUGAGCCUCAAGGUGAACGCAGGAAUCGAAUAUGCGCCUGAGCUGUUUGAUGAACAAAAGGAUCAAGUGACUGUUGAGCGAAUUUUGCGGGUUGUAUUUUUGAAUGCAGAGCACCCUAGUCCUGCUCUGGAAAAAGUGAACAGACAGUUGGCUGAAGCUGAGGCUGCACUUGAAGUGCGUAAGAAGCCUCCUGCGGACUCAGACCCUCCUCGGGAUGUUGGGGAAGGCCUUGUCAUAGAUGAAUGGAAGGAGCGAAGGGAGAAAUACUUGGCCCGGCAACAGGUUGAAGCAGUGGAUUCGGUGUAAAAACUGUGAUUACCUUUUUCUGUAAGUGCUUUUGGAUUGGAAGGGAGGUUCUCAUAUUGUAAUGUUGUAUUCUUUUUGCUCAUCGGUUUUCGGAUAAAUGGAGGUUAUCAUAGUGUGAGGAAGUAGGUAUUGAGAACUACUAUGGAAAGUAGUUGGCUCCGGGUUGAGCUGCCCUUUUGUAGAUACUGGGUUUUGUUUUAGGAUGAAAAUAAGUGAACAACUCUAUAGCAAUCAGUGUGCUUGUACUUGUGUAUUUUCAAUGUUGAGUUGAGGUACUCUAGUGUUCUUGGAAA